AUGUUGCAUCAGCAGACUGCUAAGGAAGUAUUAAGGACAAGUUGUCAAGAUGAGGAUAAGAUGUGUGAACUGCAUGCUGUUAUGAAUAGUUCAUUUAUUGCAGUAAAAAAGGAACAAAUCAGUGGUCACCGGGGUGAAAAGAUGAAAAUUUUGAAUAUCAAUGGUGGAUAUGCGCAAGUUGAAAUGUCAGAUGGCAACAAAGGUUAUAUUCCAACAUAUUUUCUUGAUUUAAAUGAUAUUCCUGGCCAAAAUUUUGCUCAACAGAUAAGAUAUCGUCGAAGAUGGUACCAUUUGGUUGAUCAAAAUGAAUCAGUACUGUAUGAGGAUAAUCCAACCAAUUUAUUGAAUAAUAUUUCACACUUAUCAAAAAUUGUCUCAUUUCUACCGGUUGAUAAGAAGUUAUAUUCUUCAAUCUUUUUAAAUAUACAUAAACGACCAGUCUGUAUAGAAUCUUUGCAAGAUUUAAAGGUGAAAUUAGGAGAAAAUAUCGUAUUGGCAUGCAAAUUUUUCUCAGAAGAGCCUCAUACUAUCGUAUGGCGUGGUCCUGUAAUUGCAGCUAAACGGAAUUAUAAUAUUAGUACGAAUGUAGAUGGCUAUUCUAUAUUAUCAUGGAAAAAUUGCUUAAAAGACGAUACUGGUCAGUACUGGGCAGAAGCUGAAAAUAUUUUUGGAAAAUGUCAUACUGUAUCUUGGGUUACUGUAAUAACUGCACCUGGAAAACCUGAUUUUACUGCGCACAAGAUAAUAAAUCAAAAAAGUGUUUGGCUACAGUGGAAUGAGCCUAACAUGGGUAAUUCAAAAGAGAUUUACUAUGUUGUGGAAUAUAAACAAAGAGAAAGGGAUGAUUACAAAGUAGCCAUAAAAGGUAUCACAGGUACAUCAGCGGUUAUCACUGAUCUUAAUCCUGGCUUCUACUCAUUUCGUCUUUAUGCUUUUAAUGAAUUUUUCAAAGGAAAGCCAGCAUCACCAAUAAACGUUUUGUUGAAUUCGACCAUAUCACAAUCCUUGUCACUAUUAUCUUUCAUUGCUGAUCAGAAUAACAAGGAAAAGUAUAUGGAUAGAUCAAAAUUUCAACAAACUUAUACUAUUUCUCAAAUAAAAAGUAAAGGACGAUUUGCUAAUAUCUUAGAAGUUGUGAAUAAAAAUGAUGGCAAAAAGUAUGCAGCGAAAAUAUUCUGUAAUGAUUCUACGCUAAAAUACGACAAUGAAAAAAAUAUUGAACGUGAAAUUUGUUUAAUGCGCUGUAUUCAACAUUAUAGUUUUCCUACUUUCCACGAAUCUUUUAAAAUCGCAGAUCACGCAGUAAUUAUCAUGCAGUGGCUAAAUGGUCCGCAUUUGUUGGAUUACAUUGUAGAACUUGGAUAUAUAUCCGAAGCUCUCAUACAGCGAUUUUGUAAAGAUCUAUUGCGGGCUUUAGAAUAUAUUCACUCUUAUAUGAUUCCAGAAAACUUACUUACUCAUAUUAGUAAUGAAGUACGACUUGUGCUCAUUGAUUUCCGAUCAGCUUGUUAUGAUACUACAAAAGCAGUUGUUUGUAACGAUGACACAAUAGAAUUCUCUUCACCAGAAUAUAUCUCACAUCGAGAAAUUACAACAAAAGCUGACAUUUGGAGUUUUGGUAUUCUUUUGCAUACGCUAAUUGCUGGACAUACGCCAUUUGAAGAUGACUGCGAAGAAAUGAUGCGAUUAAAAAUUCUAUCAAAUACACCGCUUACCAGUGAGAAACAAAAUUAUCAGAUAUAUUCAUUGGAUAUCAUUUCUUUGUUAAAAUCUGUUAUCACUGAUAAUGCAAGAAGUCGAUUAUCAGCGACAGAUUGCCUACAAAGCCAAUGGAUGCAAAGCAAAGCAAGUCAAGAGCUUUUUUUGGUGGACUAUUUAGAAGACUUCAAUGAACAGUACAAAGGACGCAUUCGGAAAGCGAAAAAUAAAUUAAGUGAUAAUUGA